AUGUCUACAGAGACCGUUGUGCUUACGGGAGCUACUGGCUUCUGUGGUUUUGCUAUCCUUCAAGAGGCUCUUCAAUACGACUAUAGCAUCCGCAUUGUGGUGCGCAGCGCCGCCAAAGCCGACAUCCUCCGCAACAACCCCUGCUUCAAGUCUCUAACCAGAGGACCUCCACGAUGCAGCUUUUACAUCGUUCCCGACCUCAGUGUUGAGGGAGCUCUAGACGAAGCAACAGCAGGAGCAGAUUACAUGAUCCAUUCCGCCUCUCCUCUGCCCUUCACAAACCUCUCCCUCAGCCCCGAAGAACAGUACAAACAAAUGGUCGAGCCCGCAAUCAACAACACCAUUGCCGCAUUACAAGUGGUGAUUACUUCUUCCUGCGCCAUUUUCAUAACUCCAGAGCUUUUGGUGGGGCCUGUGGAACAGCCCGUGGUUGUUACCGAAGAGACUGUGAAUGCGGAAAUCGCGCCUCCGUAUGCGAAUGUGUUGAUCUCGUAUUUGGCGUCAAAGACCUCCUCAUUCCUCAAGUCGAAGCAGUGGAUGGCAGACCACAAGCCAAACUUUGAUAUCGUCAAUGUGUGUCCUACAUACGUGCAAGGACGCAACGAACUGGCCACUUUACCUGCAGACCUGAUGAGCACCUCCAACGUCCUCUUUCUGAGAAUGGCAUUGGGACUAGCACCCAAAGACUCUCCUGCUGAACUUGCUUCGGUGUGUCAUAUCGAAGACGUGGCUACCAUCCACAUUGCCGCUCUCAACAAAGACAGAAUCCCUGCUGGAGAAUACAUGUUUGGGCAGGAAGCACAGUGGAACGAUGUCAACAAGAUCACCAAGGAGUUGUUCCCUGAGCAGGUUGCUCAAGGCUUGUUGCCCUGCACUUCAGACAUUCCCACCAAGAAAGUGAUUUGCAGCAAGGAGAAGACGGAAAAGACUUUUGGUAUUGAGCUCAAGCCUGUGGAAGAUAUGGUUGAGGACUUGAUGGAGCAAUACCUCGAGCUCUGUGGUCAGAAGAAGCAAGAAGAUGAUGACGAUUGA